AUGACCUUCCUCUGGCUCCUCUCCUGCUGCGCCCUCCUGGGCACGGCCUUUUGCUGCGGGGUCCCCGCCAUCCCGCCAGUGCUGAGCGGCCUGUCCAGGAUCGUCAAUGGGGAGGAGGCCGUGCCCGGCUCCUGGCCCUGGCAGGUGUCCCUGCAGGACAGCACCGGCUUCCACUUCUGCGGGGGGUCCCUCAUCAGCGAGGACUGGGUCGUCACCGCUGCCCACUGCGGGGUCACAACCUCCGAUGUGGUUGUGGCUGGCGAGUUUGACCAGGGCUCAGACGCCGAGAGCAUCCAGGUGAUAAACAUCACGAAGGUUUUCAAGAACCCCAGGUACAUCUGGUUCACAAACAGCAACGACAUCACCCUGCUGAAGCUGGCCACGCCCGCGCGCUUCUCCCAGACCGUGUCCGCUGUGUGCCUGCCCAGCGCCUCCGACAACUUCCCGGCCGGGACGCUGUGCGUCACCACCGGCUGGGGCCUGACCAAGUACACCGACGCCAACACCCCCGACAGGCUGCAGCAGGCGGCCCUGCCCCUGCUGUCCAACGCUGCCUGCAGGAGGUACUGGGGCCUCAGGAUCACCAAAAGCAUGAUCUGCGCCGGCGCCAGCGGCGUCUCCUCCUGCAUGGGCGACUCUGGCGGCCCCCUGGUCUGCCAGAAGGAUGGAGUCUGGACCCUGGUGGGCAUCGUGUCCUGGGGCAGCAGCACCUGCUCCACCUCCACACCAGCUGUGUACGCCCGCGUCACUCAGCUCGUCUCCUGGGUGCAUCAGAUCGUGGCCGCCAACUGAGCCCCCGGCCUCACCCCGGCCUCCCUAGUGAGCUUGCUUCUACAAAGCCUCAAUAAACCAGUG